CGGGCUUGCCUGGCUGCUCUCACCACACCUGCUCUUUGAGAAAUACAUACUUGGAGCAUGAGCCACUCCCUCACCCAUGGCUCUUGCUGGCGAGAACGUGCGUAGUGGGCGCAGACCCGGGGCGAACAUGGCUCAGAUGUCGAGCGAGUCCGGCGUGCUCGACUCGGCGCGCCGCUUCUGGCGAAAGAGUUACGCGGGCGACUACGUGGGCCUGGCGGCGCUAUUCACGGGGUACAUGGUGGUCAAGAUGCUGGGAACGCCUUUUCACCAGACCUUUACCCUGAACGACGUGCGCAUCCAGCACGAAUACGCGCGGGUGCAGCGUGUGGAUACUUUUUGGCUAUUCUUCUGUUCCGCCGGCAUCCCACUCGCUUCCAUCUUGCUCUGGACUCUCUUGUGGCGCCGCAGUGUUCACAAAGCCCACGUUGGCAUCCUCGGGCUCGCAAUUACCAUUUUCAUGACCCUCUUCCUCACCGACAUCCUCAAAGAUGCCAUAGGCCGCCCCCGGCCCGAUCUCAUCUCCCGCUGCGAACCCGGACCCACCGCUCCGGCCACUCGGCUCGUCACCAUUGACGUAUGCACUCAGACCAACACGGCUCUUCUGAACGAUGGCUGGCGAAGCUUCCCCAGCGGCCACUCCUCAUUUGCAUUUGCCGGCCUCGGCUGGUUGGCUCUGUUCUUCGCCAGCCAGACUCGCCUUUUCCGCCCGAGAGCCAGCCUACUCGAGGCUAUCCUAUCACUCGCACCUUUACUGGGCGCUGCAAUGAUUGCUAUUAGUAGAUUGGAAGAUUACCGGCAUGGUCCAUUGGACGUCUUGGGGGGAUCCCUGCUGGGAAUCUUGGUCGCAUGGUUCAAUUGGAGAAGAUACUUUCCUAGUCUCUCCUCCACCGAGUGUGACGAGCCGUUUGAUCCACCCACCAGUCGCGGCUCGAGCCCGUCUGGCAGGUUCUCGAGGGUCAGAGACGAAGAAGCGGCACUCGAGGGAAGGGAAAGCUUUGAAAUCGCAGACGACAUAGGUGGGAGUCGACCGAGAGGCCCGUAGAUGAGCCUGCAUUAUCUAUACAAAGAGCG